CAUCAUCAUCACUCUCCCUCGCCAUGACUUCCAAAGUCACCCGUUCAUCGUUGGCCUGCUUACCAUGCCGGAGUCGACAUCUCAAAUGCGACGGCAAGCGACCCGCCUGCAGUCGCUGCGUGGAAGUGGCUCAGCCGUGUGAGUAUACCCGGUCGCGUCGGGGGGGUCUGGACCGCGCUGCGCUGGCGGAACGGCGCAAGCGCUUGGCCGCCGCGGCAAUAGCAACAGAGACAGAGGCAGAGACAGAGACCAACUUGCUCAGCAACAUCCCAGCCAGCACAAAACACUUCAAUAUCCCUCCAUCCACUGUGUCUACAUCGACCUCUUCUACAUCAACCUCCUCUCGGCCGCAGACGCAGAUCGAUCAGCCGGAUCAUGCCGGCCUCCUCGACUCGUACUACCGCCAUUUCCAUUCUUUGCAUCCUUAUGCACCACCGCAGACCCAUCUCCUAACCCUCCUUCAGGAUCCCGGUCAAGAGACCCGAUGGAGGCCCCUGCUUGCUGUUAUGUAUUGUAUAGGUCAUAUCUAUCUGGCACACGAAUGGUCCGAUCCUUUAGAGGAGCAAGCCGAGACCUGCUUGGCUCAAGCCCCCCCCCUCGACCCCGUCCUGGUUCCGUCCCGCCUCCUCUACUCCAUAGCUCUGUUCUGGUAUGGGCGGAAGGAGAAAGCAUUGUCUGAGAAUCAACAAGCAGGACGAUUGGCGAAAGAGCUGCAGAUGUAUCAGUCGCAAUUUGCCCUCACUCACGGCGGCGAGGAUCGAGUGCUACAAGAGUGUUGGCGGCGGGCGUGGUGGUCAGUCUAUGUUCUGGACUUAUUCUUUGCAGGCACGCUUGGCACGAUGGCCUUCGCAUUUCUAGACGUUCAGGCCACGGCGGGUCUGCCGUGCGAAGAACAUGAAUAUGAGUCAGGUGAAAUCCCCCCGCCGAAGACUAUGCAAGACUUUGACUGCCGCGAGUUCGCUCUUGAUGACCCGGUCUUUUCGUCUUUCACCUACCUGGUUGGUGCCGCGCGAUGCGCCGCAAUGGCGAUCGCGACCGCUCCAAGGAAUACAGUCAAAGAGGACUCGACCCGAGUCAUUCAGACGGCCGACUCAAUACUGGACGGGUGGAUGCUGCUGUUACCCCCGAGCCGGAAGCAGCUGAUGAGCAAGACCGGCGAGAUCGACGAGCUCAUGUUUCAAGCGCACUUACUCAUCCACGUCGCUUCUAUCGGCCUACACCGGCCGUUUUCCGAUCUCAAAUUCAACCCGGUCGAGGAUCUAUCCAGCUGCGCCCGAGACCCACCUCCGAACGCCCCUACCCCGGAAUUAGUCAACGUCCACACAGUCCGGGUCCUGCGAUCCGUCGAAGCCCAGGUCCGCCUGCUGGCCCUCCCCGUGCAACAGUUUCAUCAUACCCCGUUCGUCACCUGCAUGAUCAGCGAGGGCGUCCUCUCGUUACUCUCCGCCUGCUACUGCCUUUUGGCAGGCAAGGACCUGGCCAUUGCACGCGACCAGAUACGGUUGAUCAUCGGAUGCCUCAAGGCACUGGGCGAAUGGUGGCCGAGGACCGCGAAGAACGUCCGCGAGAUCCAGACGAUCGCGAGCCACGUGCUUGGUCUCGUCCCCGCAACAGCGACCAGUGCGCGCUCCAGGGAGAGUACCAGCUCGAGUGAGCUACCCGGUCUAAUUCACGGGAAUGAGACAACGGCAUCGGGAACUACGUCAGAAGUCUCAAUAUCUAGCUCCGAGUCGGAUGUUCUUCUAUCCUUAGACUCUCUACAAGACAUGUGCGGGUGGUUUAACAUGGGGGAUUUGGAUGCAGAUCCGUCAUGGGGUCUAGGGAUUGGUCUUUAA